CAGUGGCGAACGGAACGAACACGGUUGUUCUGUUCAUAUUGUUAUUAUUCGUAAGAUCUUCGAUCAAAUCAAGUCAAUCUAUAAAAAUUAUUAUAAUCAAUCAAUCGUUAGUUGGUUACGUUACGUGAUACGCAUAUUUUACUCGAACUUGUAAACCAUGUAAAAUUGUAUCUGUGGUUUGUGAGUGAAUCUUUGAAAUACGAAACUAUCCAACUCGAUGCACCGUUAAGCGUUUUUUACUACUUUGAAUUUUGUUGUUUUCAUUUUCAUUUAAAAAUAAAAAAAAAAAACUGUCUCAAUUAUAAUUAAUGUAAAUUGUAAUUAUUGGCAGUUUAUCAAUAUAAUUGACGGUGGUCCAUUUUGCGUAUAACGACUCUCUUCAUGGAGACAUCAGAAACCUCCAGAGUAGAUAAUAAAUUGAUAAACAAUGGAAAUGUAAUUUUUAAUCAGUUACUAUAGUAAAUAUUAAAUUGUAUAAUUAAUUAUCAUAUUUUUGCGUUUUGUGAGAAGAGAGAGUCGUAAAAUUAAAAAAAAAAAAAUAUUAUUACUAGGAAAAUAAUGCGGUGGCCGUGGUGUAUAAAAAUAUACAAUUCGCCGCGACUGCGACCUGACAGCUGCUGUAAUAAUAUGAAAUCGAACUAUUGCCCAGUGAUGUAUCAUGUAAUGAUUGUUAUUGUUUUAUUUACAAACUUUACGAUAUUGCUAGCUAGUCAAUCGGGUAUCUAUAUGGAUAAUGGUGUCGAUCAGACAAUUAUGCAUCGUAUUCUGGAUGAUAGCGAAAGAAUCGACGUAGAAGAUGAGAUAUUGGAAUUUCUUGGAUUGCCUGAAAGACCUAGGAGGAAGCAUAGUCAUUUAUCGUUGAGAAAAUCCGCACCGCAAUUCCUUUUGGAUGUUUAUCACCGAUUGAACGACGAGGAGGAUGACGAUAUUCUAAUGCGGUCUAAACGUGAUACACAGAAUCACGAUAAUUUCAUAACUGACCUAGAUAAACAAGCUAUAGACCAGAGUGAUAUUAUAAUGACGUUUCUAAAUAAAAAUCAUCACGUAGAUGAAGUACGUCACGAACACGGUAGGCGCCUAUGGUUUGAUGUUUCGGAAGUUCCCGAUGACAAUUACCUUAUGAUGGCUGAAUUAAGACUUUAUGUUAAGCCAUCUGAAGGCAAGGAGGCAGAAAGUGGAAAGAAUUUCACAAUUUCUGUAUAUGCCAUUGUGAAAAUUGAUGGCGAAAGGGACCUUGAAUUGCUAUCAUCAUUGAAUACCACUGCUGAUUAUCAAGGUUGGCUGGAAUUGAAUAUAACAGAAGGUUUGUCUAAAUGGCUUGCCGAUUCUAAUGACAAUAGGGGAAUUUAUAUCAGUGCACAUGAAGUUAAUCGCCCGGAACAUGAAACGAAAUUAGACAAUAUUGGUUUGAUACAUCAGCGUGGUGAGGAGGAAUAUCAACCAUUUAUGAUUGGAUUUUUUCGAGGACCAGAUCUUCUUAAAUCAACAAAAAAUCAAAGCAGUAGACCUAAACGAGAUACUGGACGUGUCCGACGUAUUCGAAAAUCAGAAAUGAAUAAUCCUUUACUAGAUCCACAUUAUGGCGAAGGAGUUAAAAGUUGCCAACUUCAAACUCUUUAUAUAGCAUUUAAGGAUCUUAAUUGGCAGGACUGGAUAAUUGCUCCAGAAGGUUAUGGAGCUUAUUAUUGCUCUGGAGAAUGUAAUUUCCCCUUAAAUGCACACAUGAAUGCAACAAACCAUGCAAUUGUGCAAACUUUAGUCCAUCUUUUGGAACCGAAAAAAGUUCCGAAGCCAUGUUGUGCUCCUACUCGAUUAGGACCACUUAGUGUACUUUAUUAUGUGAAAGAAGAAAAUGCAAAUUUAAAAAAAUAUAAAAAUAUGAUUGUUAAGAGUUGUGGGUGCCAUUAAAACAAAUAAAACUAAAUUGAAAUUUUAAAACUGUUAUUCA